AAUAGAGAAAAGAGGGCAAUGAGAGAAAUUAGUAUUAAUAAUUUGGGGAUGGAAAGAAUGGAAGAAUCUGCUGAGAGAUCUAACAUUGAACUUUAUCCCCUAGGACAAGAGGAAAGAAAUUUGGGUUCAGAAGUUGUCAUUUUAGAAGAGGAAGAGAGUCAAGGGCAACAAAUUAGAGAAUUACAGAAAAAAGUUGGAGAAUUAGAAAGGAAUUAG